AUGGCUACUGCCGCAGAGUUACUCUUUCCAAAGCUAGUAGUCUUUGGUGCUACAGGACCAACAGGCCUUGCAGUUGUUCAGCAAGCUCUGGAAAAAGGCCAUGCCGUCACCGCCGUAGCAAGAAACCCCGAAUCCUUUCCCAUAAAGUAGGUGAUUUUCAUAGCUAUGGUUGCUGAUGUCUGUUGUCUUUAAAUCUCGAGCUUGUGAGCCGAAACAAUCUUUGCUUGUCUCGUUCAAUACUUACACGGGUCGAGGUUAUUUUUAAGGCAAACAAAAAUCGUUCGGUUUCAUUGCAAUGUUUUAAGACAUCACAAUUAGCAAACUGAGCGUAUUUGAUACGAAUACAUGUCUCUCCUUUACACUAAUAUCAGAACUUGGCGAGUGGAACUAGUUCAGUUUGUCCCAUUAAGAUUGCUGUUGUCAUACAUAGUGUAUGUGAAAGAUUCUGUGAUGUUUAUUCUUACACAAAAUCAGUAAGAUGGCAGUAAAUCGGGAGAAAAUUUGGCAAAGCAACAAUAAUGGCGAUCGAAGAAUAGGAAUACACGCAACCUAAUUUGCAUAAUUAUAUUCUUUUCACCUGCAUCACUCUUGACUGCGUUUAAGCAAAUUGCCAUCGGUCUUGGUCAAACAUAAAUUGAGGGCUAGAAGAGAAGCUCAGUUAGUUUUUAAACCAUCAAUCUCUAAAGCAAGAUCUUGUAAAUUUACCAAAGUACAAGCUGAUUUAAGUUAUUUUUAAAAGACUGAUGGGUGUCACGACUUCUACAACCCUGAUUAGUCAGUCACGCAUGUUUUUUGGGCUUCUAAUUAAACAUGAGUUACGUUUCAGUCAAUGAGUUUUGUAUCGCGAAGAGCGCUGCCACGCAGAGUCAAGGUAAGUAUAAUUAAAAACCAGAUAACCUGCAAGUUCUCCCGGAAAUAAUUUUUGGAUUUUUCGCCUCAGACAAGAAAACCUCGAAGUGGUCAAAGGAGAUAUCUUUGAUGUAGAGUCUCUGGUUCCCAUCAUCGAAGGAAAAAAUGCUGUGCUGUCAUGUCUGGGUUUUCACAAAGGAACAAUUUUCUCGCCGACAACGCUAUACUCAAAAUCAAUAACUCCUAUCACAUCAGCAAUGGAAAGGUAAUCGAGUUUUUAUAUAACGUGAAACACCUGCAGACAGAGAAAUACAGUGAGCAUUAAAUAUUUACAAAGAUUUUACAAAGGAUAGAGCUGAGAGACUGAAACCCCUUGAAAAGGCCUCAUUGGACACAUUGUCUUCCUCAAGUCAUAUUCAGACUCAAUAAUCCGGUUUCCCUAAGAUGUGACCAAUGCCCUGCAUUUUGCUGGUAUACUUUAACAAAGAAUGUGGGACUGUUAACCCUCAAAGUGCCCAGUCCCCCUAGGAGUAUAAAUGGAACUGGCGAAUUGCUCAGGGAAGCUUGAUAGCUUAGGGGUAACCUUGCGAUGGACUAAAAUUUUAUGGGGAAGGGGUGGAGUAGUGAUACUCUUAGUCGCUCCAUGGUAUGGUAAUUGAAUAAGCUACGACUACGUAGGUCACUCGAGUAUAGACUUAAAUUCUGGCAAAGAACAAAUAGAGAAGAGAACAAAAGUCCUCAUGAUCUCUAAAGAUCAAAUACCUUGGCUUCCUCCUCUCUUAACACAUAAAGGGCCGGUUGCUUAAACGAAGUUUAGCCGUUUUUCGAAUAAACAGCGUUCUAUCUUUUGCUGAAUCUUCUUUAUCUCAACAUUCAUAUUUGUAAACAGUGGCAAUAGGGCCGACUGAAAGCAAGUAGUGGAAAACAACCCUCUUACAGAAAAUACGUAAGGACCACUGGAUGCGUAAAUCUGCGAUUUGGAGUAGACCUCCAGUUUAUAACCGGCCCAAAGUGUUAACUUCUUCGUUUUGAUCGCACUCAACAGGACAGGUGUCGGCCGAUUGGUUUGUAUGACUGGUAUUUACACUCAGAAAGAUCCGUCAAAUCCCAGGUUGUGGGACUGGUUUGGAAGGCCACUGGCACGGGCUUUCAUAAAUGAUAUGGUGCUGAUGGAAAAUAUUGUAAUGAAGUCCAAUAUCUGUUACACUAUUGUGCGACCUCCAAUCCUGACGAAAGGUACAUAAUAACAUACUAUGAGUACUAUCGAAUCAUGUUUCCAUUGAUUAUUUACCUUUCUCUCCCUGAAAGCUUAUAUCGCACAAAUUUGGUGAAAAACGAUGAAUCUACUACACCAAUUAUGAUUUAUUUCUCUUUUCUAAUCGAGGAUUUCAAACAUAUUGUUCCCGAAUGCAACAGUUUGGUUAGUAAUUAUGCUCGAAGUCUUGUCUUUAUUUAUGAUCCAAUGAAAAUUUUCCAGGCUAUGCACUUAAAAUAGAUUAUUAUUCUAACUCUUACGGGAACGAUAAAGUUGUGUUCAGAGUCACCCUCGUAAGUGCUCAUGCUGAGUGUAAAAAAUAUAUAUAUUCAAGCAUUUAAAAAGAAUGAGAUUCAGCUUUGAAGAUCCUUCUCCGGCCAUGCCUCACGUACAUUACAAUUUCAAGUUUACGAACAUUUUGAAUGACCUUAAUUAGUGACCUAGCCGAACUACGACAAACAACCCACAAUAAAGUUUUCCUAACACAGCCCUGUUCCACAGACUAACCUUAAACAUACGACCAUCUCACUACAGCUGUUUCAAGCUGGGGAAACUUUGUCCAAACGCUAUGCAAAUCUAUAACUUUAGAUACUCAAGGUAGCGAGGCCUCCUUAAUAGCCCGGAUGUCAUUGUGGAGGGGAUUGCUAAAUCAUAAGUACCUUUGUACACGUUUUUGUCUGAAUUUUUUCUUUGUUUUUUUAGGCCCUUUGACCGAAACUAAUUAUGUGGUAGCAGAGGGACAGUCUGUACCAAGAUCUGCCUGGAGAGUUUCUCGCGCUGAUGUCGCUCACUUCAUGCUGAAGUCAUUACAGAGCAAUGAAUGGGACAACAAGGGCGUCGCAAUCGCUGGCAAGAAGUAGAGUCUUCUUGUAGUCGUUAAGUUUGCCUCCAAGUAGAGGCACUUGCUUAGUCAUAGUUAAGGAGAAGAUGCUCCAAAUAGACGAACGAAAACGCACCCUUGCAAGCAAGCUGUUCAGUUGGCCGAAAUUACCGUUUUAUUUUAUCUUAUUGGAUAAGAAAGGCGGGGUUAUUUGCCGCAUUGCACACACUGUAGUUCAAAUCUCUUCAAAUACGUUGGGUCAAAGAGGCUUCAAAUAAAAGCUAAAGCAAAGCUC